AUGAGCGGUGUCGAAAAGAACAAAAGAGACCGUGUGGCGAAAGCAUGCGCCACGUGCCGCAAAAAGAAGAUCAAGUGUAAUGGUAAGACGCCCUGCGAUCACUGUCUGAAUCUUCAGAUUCCCUGUGAGUAUCCUACGAACAAACCUCGAAAAUCCAGAACAAAGGCGCUGCUGGAGAUGAUUCUGAGCAGACUUGACAGGCUCGAGUCGCUCAUGUACAAAAUAGCAGAAAGUGUUGGUGGAGGUGGUCUCGACUCUCGGAACGGUAUUUCACCCAGUUCCGGGACUCGUUUGCAUGGCGAUCUGAUGUCUACCCCUACUACAGCUUCGCCUGCACUGGAUGUUAGCGAUAAAGAAGCCGACGACGACUUGCGUGAGGACCAGGCAGACGGCUAUAAUCGUGCCGAUAGCGCCGCCCCGCUUCAAAGCUCGAAUGGCGACCAGUCGCCGGAAAAGAAGCCUAGGGAUACGUUUUUCCAGCAGGCCAAGUCCAUUCUCAAUAAAACCAUCGAUGAAAAGUCCGAUGGUGCUACGAAACCACAUCAGAUUCUUCAGUACAAGGGCAUGCACCUGGGUAUUGUGUUCAUGUUCGGUUCGCAGAGUAUCGAGUGGAUCAAGUCUAGAUUGAAGCAGGAGGAUCACAAUAUCGUCACCCCUUUCCUGACCCUUAUUUUUUACUUUAAUGCUUGGAAACAGGUUUUCCUGAGUGUUUGGACUGAUGUCAAGACAUACCCCAAGGAGGAUGUGAAAAAGUUUAAGGAGGGCAUUUACCCACACGACAAGCAGCUUACCUUUGAGUUGCUUCGUCACUAUAACUGUAUCGCAUUGGCAGACUUUGUUUGUCCCGUGGCUGAUGUCCAAGCGCUUUUCAUGAAAUACUAUGGCAACAAAUCAGCUCCUAGAAAGAAGAGGUAUAAGUUUUCUUAUUCCGAGUUCAUGUUGAUGAACCUCAGUUUGGCAAUCUCCAUUACUGUUGCCAUUGAUGAAAAGAGCAGUGGUGUCACAUCCCCUCAGAUAGGUGAAUGUCCACGCUUAGAUGCCAUGUCCAUAGAUCAGCUUACAUCGUUACAGGAGGAGAUGUUUUUGAAUUCGGUGUUUUACUUCCACACAAUCAGUGUUGUCAGUGAGGGAAUGGUCACCAUCCAAGCUCUUCUUCUAUUGGCAACACAUUUAGAAACUACUUGGGUCAUCACUGAUGUCAAUUACACUUUUGUUGGCAUGGCACUGAGAUAUGCACAGGAAAUCGGUCUUCACAGGUACGAAACGUUCAAUCACCUACCGGAGCUGGAGAUACACGAGCGAAGCAGACUUUGGGCUGCUGUUCAGUGUUUUGAUGUUGAAAUAAGUCAUCGUACAGGUAAACCUCCUUCAGUAAAUAUGGUGGACGUUUCGACCUUGACCCCAAUGGACCCAUGGUAUGUUCCAGCACUUGUAUCUCAAUCUGAGGUAGAAAGAUUACAGCAAAUUUGUGGCGGACAGCAGCUUCCCUGGGAAGAGAUUUACGUGCAUUUCUACGUUUACAAGCUCUCCCAAUUGAGAGCUUUCUCAUACUUCCAGUUGUUCAGUGCUACGGUCAAGUAUGACAGCCUUAAAGGCAUUCAAGAAAUCGUCACCUCUCUUAACCACGAAUUGGGCAAUUUCACCAACGAGCUCAGAGCAGAGUUUCAAUUCAGAUUACUCAUUGAAAGAUUCACAUCUGAGAAGAAGAUGAACAGAGUCAACGAUAGUAUCCUAACACUCCAGCUUUGCUACUUCUAUCAGGUGAUGACCAUUAACAAGGUGCCUUCACAGAUCGAGCCGGAGCUGGACACACCGCCAUACGAAAAUGCUUGUUAUAGACGAAACUUCUUGGACAGUGCAAGGACUAUUCUCCACCUCAUGCGUUCUGUGAAUCGCCGAACUGUGCCCUUCUUUGGUGUGAACUGGAUGAUUUUCUACCCGUUCGUUGCAACAAUGAACUUGCUUGCGCACUGCCUAAAUCAUUCGGACGAAGGUGACAGUCUUGACGAUUUGAACUUGCUCAUAGAUGUUUCCAUGAACUGCUUCAAUCUCUACAGCAAGCAGGCUAAGCAGCCUGCCACGAGACUUUUUUACUUGAGACUUCAGUUGUUCGACGUGGUUGUGAGAAUUGUCUUACGUAUCACAAUCAAGGUGUUUGAAAGCAGAACCAAUAUGGACAUUCUUUCAAACAAUCCUGCUCUCAGAUCCCAUUUGGAAGAUGUCGAAAAGGAGUUUCCUCAAUUCUACCAGAAGAUCAAUGACACAUCUGACAUGAUGGAUCUUUUGAAUUGUAUGCAUCCUACUUCUGGUGUGGGCCUCUCCACCAAUAAGUUCUCGCCUAAUGGUUCGUGCGAUUCAGCGUCUAAUGCUUCCAAUCCAGAUUUGACCCCUGGCUAUUCAAAUGAAACGUUCGAGGGUCAGUCUCCAAGAAAGAAUGAUCCAACACUCUCAAAUAUCCUUCAUCCAGUUGACUUCUCUGGUUUAAGAGACAACGACAGAAAAGAUUUUAGCAUUGAUGACGAUUUCCUCCUUGCUGCGGUUAACCAAGACUACCUGACGCUCCCUAAUUUUUUCUUCGACAAUGGGCUCUAA